AGCAAGGUUGUCAAAGGCACGAAGGGUUCCACCGCUGCGGUCAGCUGCCCGUCACAGAACUCGAUCGAACAAGCGGCCGCAAGCCCAGCUAAAUAUGACUUCCCGCUACAAGCUGUGGCUGGACGUGGGACGAACGUGUAACUUGAGCCUCGGAAAUCUGGGAAUGGGCAUCGUCGGCGGCAUAUUAGGUGUCGCUUUGCUGGACCUGGCUGAGAUAUAUGGAACAAGCAUCGGCAACAUAUCGUACAUCAUCACCACUUUUAGCGUGGGCGCUCUCGUCGGCUCUCUCCUUGGGGGCAAGUUACACGACACGUACAACACCCAGUUGGUCUCGAUCUUGGCAAUGAUAGCGACCUGCGUCACGGUGACCGUUUUCCCACUCGGCGGCAUCCUAGCCCUGGUACAUGUUACGGCGUUUCUGUGUGGACUGAGCGUGGCUGCACUUUGCACUGGUGCGAACGUCUGGAUCAUCAGGAUGUGGACAGAGAACAGCAGCCCGGCACUACAACUCUUCCACUUGGCCUUCGGUGUCGGUGGCUUCGUCGGUCCGUUCAUCGCCCAACCCUUCCUGUCCAACAGCAACGGUGGCAAUGCGACCGCACCGAAUACCACCGACAACGCAUACCUGACCCAGAACGGCAUCGCUUACCAGCCUGUCGACCUGGUAGCGCUGGGCAAUAGCUCCGCCGCUCAACAUGGCGCGGGAGAGUCACACGUUUAUUACGCAUUCGGUAUCGCCGGUGCACUUUUAGUGAUUCCAACUGUUUCUAUGAUCGCUCUUUACGUUAUAGACAACGUCGACUUCAAACCCGCGACACCUAACGGGGAGAUUUCCGCGGAAGCUGAGGAACCGCGUAACACUGCCCGCUUCACCCGAAUCGUUCUGGCAACAAUGUGCGUCUACAUGGUUGCCUACUCCGCGUUCGAGCGUACCACGGCCCAGAUGAUGGCCUCGUUUGCAGUCAAGAGCCAGCUCCACUUCUCGAAAUCGCUGGCUUCUCGCGUUGAAUCCGUGUACUUCUCGUACGCCGCUGGCCGCCUCACCGCAUGUCUGGCUACAAUCAAAGUUCCUCCCUUCUGGGUGCUAGUCUCAGCGCACGUAAUUCUCCUGCCCACGGCCGUGACACUCGUGCUACUGGGUUCUAGCAGCUCCGUGGUGCUCUGGCUAAGCAGCGCUCUCUUUGGUUUCGGCCAAGGGCCGAUAUUCGCCGCUUUAAUAUCCUGGAUGGCAGGGCUCAUAAAUAUAAACAACAAGAUGAUGUCUCUAGCUGUCGUCACGCAAGGCAUCGGAUCGAUGACAGCGCCGGUUAUUGUAGGCCAAUUUCUGGACAAUGACCCUGAUGUGUUCCUGUAUGUCUGUCUUAUGAGCGUUGCGCUAUGUGUUCUCAGUAUCAUUUUCAUGUAUCUCUACAUAAGAAGAGCGCGACACCGAGGCGAUGACAAGGAAUUACUUGUCAAUGAAACUGAUAGUGAGCAUAGCGAAAGGCUUCAAUAAUGCUUCAAGAUUUGCUUUAGCGUGUGUAAAUAUAGUGCUGUCUACAGUGCGCCAUGAGUUUGGCUGUCUGCCUAUCUGCCUGCCUUUUUUCCUGUCUAUCUAAGCAUUUUCCCGACAACUUGGGUCACUGGGCAGUUCAUAGUGAGUUGAGUAGGCCAUGGCAUUAUGUGCUCUGCGAACGACGAAACCAACUAUCGCACCAAAUUGGGUUACUGGGUAUAUGACACUCGCUUUGUGCCGCUGUUCAGUGGACAUAUUUUGCGCCACCUUGGGUGACUGUGUAUGUGACCAUUAUUUGCCGCUCUUAUGUGCCGCUUUUCAAGAAAAUUAACGCUGCACAAAGAAAAACUCUUCAUCUCGCUAAAUGUUACAGAGGAAAGGCUAGACAGUUAAUCAAGAGUGUGUACCCAUUCGGCAGACAUAUUUUUUUCGUAAAUGCCCUUCAGGUGCAUAAUUAUUUGACUGAAAUGUACUCUUGAGGAAACGACUGUUUCUGCAUUUCUCUCUUGCAUAUGAGUGUUCUAUAGGUGGUGGAGGCCUAUUCAUAAAAGCGUCAAAUUGUCACCAUCACAUACUUUCAUACUGUGCAAAUGUUGAUCAAAUUAUUUUUGUAAAUUUCUGCUGAGUACAUACCAGAACAUAGUCGCAUCUUUCCAGUCAAUAAGGCAGUGUUCGAUAGGUUGAGGCACUUUGGAAAGGCCACAGUCAGUUGAAGAAACGACAAUAUCCUUUUGCAAAAAAGAGGUCAGGCGUGCAGACAGGACACAAUAGUAGAGAAGUGGACAACACGAACGCCGUGUUGUCUACGGACAAUAUACGUUUUCCAAAGCAAUGUUCUAAAUGGCCAAGUUUCAUUGAGUAUUAGGAAGGAAAUGACCAUCUUGAAAGAUAUGGUGAGAGAUCAUUCAUCUGAUCAUGAAGCUGCCGAUAAAAUUAGGAAGCGACGUUCCCGUCGCCCGGCGCUGCUCAAGGAAGGCUGUUGCUUCUGCGACGCUCACGCCACUUCCUACAACACCACCUCCUCCUCUGCCACCCAGGCAAGGCACUGUGGAAAGGACCACGUAGAACAAGGCCACUAAGAAGACCACAUCUGUCGAAUCUCGGCCGGCCGUACCAAAACGACAGCAUUCAGCAACAGAAUCGGAGCAAACUUGUGGUGGACAACCCCCGACGUCUACUGUUGGUGAUUUGUACGACCAAGACAGGCAGGUGGCUGUAAUGCUGCAAUCGCUAAUUAAUACGACCCGCAUGAUACUGAAAAGCUGCAAACACCAGCAGAUCGAAGUGCUCUGCAAAUACUGGAUGCACUAAAUCUAGUGCUUGCUAGCAUCGUUUAAGCACCAUGGCUCGACCGAUAUCCCCUUCUGCACUGAAGUUAAAAGUGCGUCGAUCUUUCAAUGGAAUGCCAGAGGUCUCAAGACCCGUAUAGCAGUCUUUCGACAAUUCGUUUUUACAAAUCGCUUCCCCAUGUUGGUCAUUUGCGAACCAAAUACAUCAACUCCGCUCAGACUCUCUGGCUACGAAUCUUUCAUCUCGACCACAUGCUGUGUACGCACCAAAGUAAUCGUCUACAUCCGCACAGACUUUACAUAUGUCGCUAACACCGCAGAGCCUCAUGACCACAACCGGUGGGUCUGCCAGCUUGUCAAAAAGAAGGCUGUGUAAUUUACACUAAUUGGAGCCUACAUAUCCCCUGCGGGUUACUUUGACGGCAAAAGACUUAAGAAAAUAUUACUAAUGACCAAUGGCCCCUGGGAAAACGACCACCGUCGUCGUCAUCAACGACACACAACGACCUUCUUUGUCAUCGUCAGGCACCACUUUGACUGAGGCGCCAUCUCACAGCAUGAAGAAGAAGAUAACUUGUCCACAGCUGCUUCCACUGGGGUAUGAGCCCACGUCAUUAAAGCAGUGUGAAUUUGAGCGAAGCAAUCUGAAGUUGUGUAUAGCGUUCCUUUUUCUUGCGGAAUGACGUACGUAGGACAGACUGGCCGAUGCCUCAACGUCAGGCUAUAGAAACACAAUUUCAAGAUGCAGCACGGUGGGGCGGUCUUUCGCGCAUUGCAUUGUAAUCAUGGUGAUUGCGAUCCGAUGUUUCAUCGGGCUGCGGUCGCGAUACAUGGGAGCAUUUGCACAAGCAUGAUAAUUGAGGCCACAUUCAUUUCCAAGGGUGACUGUGUUAGCAAGCCUUCAACUCCCCUGUCUGACGAAGAAUUGACAUGUCAUGAAUGCGCAGAGUAGUUAUGUGGUUCUCGCUGCAAAUCUACCUCAUUUUCUCACAAAUGAGCGAUGAGUGAUUAUGUUUGCUUUUAGCUUUUGUUCUAUUACGAUUGCGAGCGCGUGCUCGAUUAUGCUUAUAUAUAUAUAUAUAUACCCUUUGUAAUAAAUCCUCAGUUGGAAGUCAG